UCACGGACCUCAUGGGCCGCAUCAAUAAUGCAAAGAAGAACCUGCGUAUACCGGUGCUGGAGCCAAUGGGCAACGGCCGUCGUUUUCUUUCCAGCGAGCAAGUUUUCAUUUGACGUCUUGUCAGCCCACAAGCAGGCGCCAGCAGGCGACGACGACUAUGCCUUUUCGUCCUCCUCCGACGACAGCUCUGACGACGAAACGACGAGGAUGAAGCUGCAUUCCAGCGUGUCGGGAGCAGCGGAAGUCACCACGGCAAUUUCAACAUGUUCGGACGCAAGUCACAUGUCAUGCACACGACUCUGGUCCACAAAUACAUCGAGACCCUGCACUCGCAUUGGCCCAACGGAGCGCCCCACCUGAUGCACUUGCUGGUGCCGCUGCCCCAAAGCGGAAGCGCGCUUUUUGAGACGUUAAGCAGUGUGUUUAAAGUUGGCCGCUCGAAGCUGCGCAAGGCUAACAUGCACUAUCUUUUUGGCGUUGCCGCCGCUCAGGUGGGCUGCCUGCCGCUGGUGUACAUGUCUGAGGCACGCGUGCUGAAGGCCAGCCAUUCAGAUGAUGGCGACGCACAUGAGGCUGUGCUGUCAAAGGGAAUAAGUGCGGCCUCGCCCCAUAUGCAACUGCUGGCACGGUAUUCUCGCAUGCUUGAGAUUCGCCCGUGGGACCUUAAGGGCAGCGACAUUCGCCUACUCGUCGAUGAGUACGUUGAAAUUCACCGUGAGCAGAUCAAUGUUGGGCAGAAGCGUCCGCGUGGCGACAGCACUGCCGCACAGUUGUCGUCGCCGCACCUGGGUCCCAACCGCAGCAUAUCCACGACUGCCGUUGGGUCAGCGGGCGAUUUUGCGCGGCGGUCAAUCGAGGAAGCCGCUGUGCGUGACUUUCUACAUGUGACUGUCCUGGCUGCUGUUGGCCAUGGCCUGGGAACGCUGGCCAAUUCCUGUGGUCUUGUACCCGACCUUGAUAUGAGCGCGGGCUCGUACUUUACGCAGGUUGAUAAGAUGAUGACCAUAGAGCCUGCAAACGGGCUGAGCUGCAUGCCAAGCACGGUUGCUAGUGACGCUCACUGCAGUGGCGAAAUACAAGCCAAAGCGCGUCUUUCGGCUGUGUUUGUCGAGAAUGUCGAGCAAAACACCACGGACUUAAUUGCUCGCCUGAGCAAACCCGCCUACGCUCCCAGCUCGAGUGUUGCGCCCCCAGCUGCCGCUGCCAUCCAUUCGUCGUCGCAGCCGCAGAUUCCGCUGCUGCCGCAGCCACCCGCAUCAAUGCUGCGCUCGUUCUCUGGCGGCGACUCGCGCGUCAACGGGUACUACCGCACGCUGACCCAUGUAAUCGAUCCCAUGGACAGCCCUGCACCGCAGUUUGCUGCCUACUGCACGAUGCGCACGCGCAAGCUGGCAAAGUACGAGCUGCCGAAGGCAAUGCGCAAAGGAGUCCUCUGUCUACCACAGUGUCGCCCAGCAACUUUCCCAAAAUAAAUCAGCCGCUUCUGGGUCUCAGCACCCUUUCGCUCGGCUUGCCUGUGUUGCCCGUCAGUACGCCGAUAUCUUCAGCGCCAAAAUCUGU